UUUCAGUUGUCCUUUAUUAUUGUUAUUAUUAUUAUUAUUAUCGUUACUAUUAUGAGUACUGUUGUUAUCAUUCUACUCCACAUCAAUAAAUGAAAUCAUCCAUUCAAUUAUUCGCUAUAAGAGACUUUAGUGUUGGGAUUAUGAUCUAUCACCGUGAUGCAUGUACGGUGAUAUAUACGCAUGCAUGUAGGUGAUUUUCAAUUCCUUUAAUACACACAAGCAACAUUAUUGUAUUUAGUGCUUAUCUAUUAAGUGCUAGAAAUCUAAUUUUUUUCAUAUACAUUGUCAAAAUGAAACUAACUAUCAGAAUAUUUAUGGAAUUAAUUACUUAACAAUAAAAAGAGCAAUGUCUAAUUAUCCUGUUUAUCACCCGCUACUGCCUAAUCAAUCAGAAUGGGAUCCUGCUAGUGAAGUGGAACGUAUUAUGUGUGGAACUAGCCAACAAGAGUACCCUGUGAUUACGAGUGGGUUACACACUCUACCUCGUCAUUACCAAUUACGUGAAACAAAUCCAAUCACAUUUAGAUAUCAAGCUAUGAAUGGCGGUGAGUGUAGUACAAUAAACAGAUAUGAUAAAAACAUUCAACAUAUCAACAAAAUGUAUCCAUGGGGAUCUCCAACAACAAGUAUCAGACAAUUUACAACAACAUUUCAUCCGUCUUAUCAAACUUCUGUAGGUUAUGAUCCAUCUGUACUAUUUUCAUCGUCACCUUCCUCGUCAGUUUGCUCUGAUGAACAACUGUAUUAUCGACAACAACGAUUAGUAAAGCCUGUAAAUCAAGCAAGGUACGUAUUGAGUACCAACAAAACAUUCUCUACUUCUAUCGCUACUAAUAGUACUACUACUACUACUGUUGCUUAUCCACAUAAUAGGAAUACAGUGAAUAAUAAUAUUAUGUAUGAUACAUUGCAACUAACUGGACGUGUUAAUCAACUCCCUGUUCAACAAACACCAAUAAAUAAUCUAAAUACUACAACACGCUUACAAUAUCCAUCAGCUUUAGUACGAACAAUUGUUAGAAUGGAAUCGUCGAGUUCUCAACAACCACAACAAUCAGCUGAUGUACCACCGGCUUUACCAUUAAGAGCUCAACGUUCUACAAAUCAAAAGGUAACAGUACCUACUAAACCACGUCAAUUAAUUCCUAUCCCAUUUGAAGAUCGUGUACAUUUGGAUCCAAAUAUGGUAUUGUAUAAACCUAAUGCUGGAAUUAAUAGUCAUAAUAAUCUUGACGACAACCUAUCACAAUCAAUAUCAGUUCAGUUAAAUCAUAAAAGAAAUACAUUUGAUUUAGAAAGUCAUUUAGACUGUUCAUGUGAUUAUGUACGAGGUGAAGCUGGCCUGUGGCCAGCUGAUGUAUGGUUUGAACGUAAUUUUCAUACGGUUGAUAAAUGUACGUGUCCACAUGAAGAAGUACAUCGAUUUUUUGAUAAUGCACCUUCAAAAUGGAAAUUAGCCGAUACUAUUGCCAUGCUACCAAUAAGAGAAACUGAUAUUUUGGACGAUUUAAUUGAUAGUACAAGCGAUGAAGAUGAGUCAUUGCAUCGUUCAUUACCAUCAGUUAUAAUGGAGUCACCAACAGACACAACUUAUAAAACACAAAUUGUAACAACAAAUUAUAAUGAUUUAGAUGUGACGUCCACACCACCAUUCAGUAUUCCGAUGUCGACUAAUCAUGUACAGUCGGAUAUGCAAAAAGAUAAUUCAACCUAUCGGACUAGUGUCACAUGUCAUCAUCUUGUUACAAAUAACAGUAGUAGUAAUAUUUCUUGUGAUGAAGAUGACUUGGUCCCUCUGGGUGAACUAUUGUCGUCAAAUACAAACUUACUAAGAACAAUUUCAAAUUUGGACAGACCAGAAUUUUCUAUUGAUGAGACCACAGUAAGAUUGACACCUGCAUCAUCAAGAAAACAAAGCUUACUCUGUCUUAAGGAGAAUGAAGACGAGAGAAAUACAAAUAUCUCUAGGAAAAACAGUUCUCAAUUUGUGGAGCAAAGAGAAUAUAUUCCUGGUGUAACGAAAGGGAUUGUUUCAACUGUUGCAAUACCGAGUGUACCUAGUGAUACACGUUGUUUAGCUGUUGUUACCACUAAUGCUAUUCGACGUAAAUCACCACCUGGAGAAACAUCUUCACAGUUGAGGAUGACACAGAUCAUUGGACGUAAAAACAAUAUCUAUAAAAAUCGUGCGAAUUCAAUAUACCAUGAGUCUGGAGAUAACCAUUUGACAGGAAAAAGUUAUAUUAACACAGAAGGCACACAUACAGGGAACGUGUUAAUACCAAAUAAUUUAACCGAUGCUGGUCGAAAUGAUAUGGGAAAAAGCAUCCAAGAUAUGAUUGGUGAGGAUAAAGCGGGACAACAAAAAGAGGAACGAAAACAGUCUCUGUCUCCAUCCGUUCAUCGAUUUCUGGAACCAGAUGGUUGUGUCUAUACAGAAGAUAAAGAGAAUGCAUUUCAGACAUUUCAGAUCGAUAAUGUUGCAGAAGCCCUAGAUCGAUUACACCAGGAUAUGAGAAGUGCUAUAGAAGGUAAAUUAGUGGAUAAUUCAUCCUCAUCUACAGUGAACAAAGAAGGAUCAUUAACAAUUAGCCCUAAAACUGAUUCAUGCUCAAAGCUGUUAGAUAGGCAAAACAAGCAUCUAUACACUAAAUAUGACUGGACAGAUGAGGAUAAGGAAUUCAGCCAAAAUAAAGAAAAUCAUUUAAUUCCUGACAUUGAAUUAGUGGGAGAACACAACCAUACAGAACAUGAUCAAGAGAUUGAUGUGGAUCAUUACUUUCUCCAGCCUAGAAGAUCCACUUUAAAACUGGAUGACAAUGAUUUAUCAGCGAUACGCUAUACAGCUUCUCAUAAAUCCACCGGCAAUAGUUAUAUUGGUCAUGUUCCUUCUGAUAAUCGGGAGUAUAAUGACAAAUCUCAAAAUGUUAGUGAUAAUGAUGAAGAGAACGAUGUGGGGGUACAUUAUUAUGAAGAUGAUCGUAAUUCAAUGGUGGAGGAAAAUGAAGAACUAGAUCAAAGUAUGGAAUAUAAAUUCAACGAUGAAUUGACCGAUCCUAGUUUAUCGCAAAAGUCUGGACAGACUAUUAGAUUGAAUAAAUAUGGAAGAGCUAAGGAACGAUGGAGUCUUCUUCGUACACAUGUUGGGAAGGUUGGCAGGCAGAAAGUAGAAGACAGUGAUUCGAUUUCCGCAUUUGGGUUUUAUCGAUCUAUCGAAAGUCAACCAGAACAACAACCAUGGGGUAAGAAAGCAAUUCCAAUGGUUGGUGAUUUGGUAAGUAACUAACACCGUUAGCAUGAUUUAAUGUGACAAAGUGUGACUUGAAACAUGCGAAUCGUAGGAUAAAUGAAUGUACCAAGAGAGUAACUUAUUGCUUAUAAGUUUUUAUUCAAACGAUUGAAGGUAGCUAAUCUGUGUAUCAGGUGAAAAAAAUUAUUCAAACCUAAAAAGCAUUGAAUCGGUGUUUUUCCUUAGUUUGAAACUCUACCUUACUGAUAACUCUUACAUAGACGAAACUAAGGAUAUCUGAUCUCGUAAUGAACGUUAUGCUUUUAGAGUACUGAGUCAAAACUCACUAAUCCCAAUCUUCAACCUCAGUUAAUACUCCAAACAGCAUGACAAUUAUACAUUACCAUCAGUAAUAACCUUCCAACUUCCGGUGACAUAAUCUUUGGAGGUCGCAACUUCAUAAUAGCACCUCAGCCAUCCACUGUAAGAGAAGUCAUUGAUGAGUGCGUAACUAAUUUUAAUUUCGAUAGUUUGUAAGGAGGUUUAUUUUAACAACUUAGCUUCAGCUGAAAGGGAAUCAAUAAGAAUAAAGGAGCACUGGCAAACUAUCUCAUUCUAAUUAUAGGUUUAAUGAUCCCAUGAUGAAUACCCUAUUCAAACUAUGAAGAGGGGAAACACAACACGUUGUCCAUAAAAUCGAGUAGCCUAAGAUUGAGUUUCUUGAUCUAAAAAGUUAAUUUAUUCAAUCUAAUGUGAGCCUCCUCAGCUGAUAACAUAGUCAAAUAUCAUUAGGGUUAAAACGGAACAAUAAUAAAUUAGAGAAAUAAUCUAACUAAUCAUUCGUAAAAAGUAGUUUAGUUUUUAUAAGUCAAUUAUUAAACUACAAUUUGGGCUAUAUCUUUUAUUUAUUUAAAAGGAGUGAGAGAAAUAGUAAGAAAUAUAGCUCAUUAUCAAAUUAUACUGCAUUUCCUGUUUCACUGAAAGUUGCAAUCAUUCACUUCAGUAGACUGCUGAUGAAUUUAUAACGAUGUAUGUGUGAGUGAGUAUAUGUAUGUGUUCAUGUAGAUAUUCAGCUUCAUCCUUCAGAACUACCUACAACCACUAUUAAAAUCUGAGUGAAUAUUUUUUCAAUUAUAAAGUUCACAGGUGAAACUAUAAUUAAUGGACGAUCUUCGAGCGAUACUAGACUGAACUCGAGAGAGUGUACACUUAAUAACCAGCACCAAAUGAGGGUGAUAAACCUGUGCGAGGAAUUAGAAUUAUAAAUUACAUUUGAUGAUAUUAAGGUUAGAAAUUAAAUUUCGAGUUUUCAUCAAGAUCUGACGUCAGAUGUAAUGCCAAAACUCUAUUUAUCCAAAUGGAUGAGUUGAUUUCUCGCCAAAAUCUGUGACCUGUUGUUUUAUACUUGAUUGGUUCGUCCAUAAAUUAUAGUCUCGCCAGUUCACGUUUAUAUGUACAUGUUCAAUGCUACAAUUAUAUGUAGUCUUGAAUUAAAAGUUCAAUUUAUAUUUAUAUCAUGAACUGACUUUAACUGAGCAACUGUUUAAACUAGGAAACACUGGACAGCUGGACUGAAGUUAACAAAUCAGAAGUUUGACAGGUGAUAUUCUAUCCCCGGGACUUGAAGUUUGUUACCUCAAAAUGAUAUGAGAUAGGAUAUGCACACUUAUGAAGUGUUUCAUAACGGGAUUAAAAAAUCGUUCAAUCAUUCCAGACAUAUAAUAGUUGUCUAGUUAAAUUAAUUCAGUGAUG